AUGGAAGAGCAUGGAGAUUUGCAGCGCCAGAUCCUUCAGAAAACCCUUGAAGAGGUAGCUGACGAAGAGAUCAAUGGCGUUGAUCCCUGUGUUAUUUGUCUGGACGCUAUUACCGAACCCUGUGUCGGCAUACCUUGCCGCCAUGCGAACUUUGACUACCUCUGUCUACUAAGCUGGCUGGAGCAGCGGCCUAAUUGUCCCUUGUGCAAAGCCAGUGUGAACGCUGUUCAAUAUGACUUGAGCGGACCAGGAGGCCCGAAGACAUACAAGGUUCCUCCUCCUAAUGCUACAAAUGCAGCCCCACGCCCUGCAUUAGCACGCCAGAACCAAGCGCGAAGGCAGCAAUCCAUUCGACACCGCGCUUUCCCAACUAGAUCAGCAGGCAGUCAGGAUGGUUGGCUCUCAGUCCGCCGGAACGUAUACCGCAAUCAGCUUUAUUCUCUUCGAGUGGGUUCGAACCGGCUGUCCAGAUACACGGAGGUGACACCCGACGAUUUCAAUCGAGAUGAAGCCCUUGUCUCACGUGCUCGCAAAUGGAUUCGCCGUGAACUGCAAGUGUUUAGCUUUCUUCAACCGGAGCCCAAAGAUGCGCCAGCCCAACCACGAGACCCUGUGGCUCGCACGGGACAGCAGCGACUAGAGCAGCGAAGAGCCAACAAUGCGGAAUUCCUGCUUGAAUAUAUUGUCGCUAUCUUACGCACUGUGGAUAUCAAAGGUAGCGCUGGCCAAGCCGAGGAUUUGCUCCGUGACUUUCUGGGGAGAGAGAAUGCUCGCUUGUUUCUCCACGAAUUGCUGGCGUGGCUGCGGAGCCCUUACGCCUCUCUAGACGACUGGGAUCGUCACGUGCAAUACCCUCCUUCAUCGGACGGUCCUGGCAACAGUCAGAACCUGGACGGGCGCUCUUCACGUCGCAGACCUGCGCGUUCGGGUCCUGCGCGUGCGCGCAGCGCAUCACCCCCUCGAGAGCCUGAUCGAAGUUUGUUUGAUAGGGUGUCAAGGCCCCAAGCAACACAGCCAGAUAGACGUAGCUGGCGAGAUCCAAAGCAAAGCCAAAAUCGGCGGGCUGAUUGGCCGAAUGAGAACCGACAUCUCCUAGAUAGGUACAUACCCGAUUGA